UCCUUGUCGGAGAUCAUUGCCAAUUGGGUCCUGUCAUCAUGUGCAAAAAAGCAGCCCAUGCAGAAUUAGCACAAUCUCUCUUUGAACGCCUUGUUAUCCUUGGAGUGAAGCCAUUCAGGCUACAGGUCCAGUAUAGAAUGCAUCCAUGCCUCUCAGAGUUUCCAUCCAACUGCUUUUAUGAAGGCACACUGCAAAAUGGAGUGACUGUUAAUGAGAGGCAAUCGUCUGGAAUUGAUUUUCCUUGGCUUGUUCCAAAUCGCCCAAUGUUCUUCUAUGUGCAGAUGGGACAAGAAGAAAUCAGUGCUAGUGGGACAUCGUAUCUCAAUAGAACUGAAGCUGCAAAUGUUGAAAAAAUUGUAACAACUUUUUUAAGAAGUGGUGUUGUACCAAGCCAGAUCGGAGUUAUCACACCUUAUGAAGGGCAAAGGGCAUACAUUGUAAAUUACAUGUCAAGGAAUGGCUCUCUUCGCCAACAACUUUACAAGGAAAUCAAGGUCGACCAUAAAAUUUAUAAAAACCUAGUUUUAAUCUAUAUUAUAGAAGGUUGCUUGCUUAAGUUUUAUACCUCUUGCAGGUCGCUAGUGUAGACUCAUUUCAGGGUAGAGAGAAAGACUACAUUAUUCUAUCUUGUGUUAGAAGCAAUGAGCACCAGGUAUGCUCCUUUCCGGUCAUAUUAUGUUUUGCUUAUGAUGUAGAAGUACUGUGGUGGUUUGCACAAUUUAAUCAUGAUGAACGACUGUGGUGGUCAAUCUGCAACUGAGCUUUGUUUAAUAUGGAGAUCCUUGUGUGUAGUGUAAGCAGUUGAUACAUGAAACCAUCAAGGCUCUAUUGAUGUGGAAUAUUCCUGGAUGGGAUCUAUUGUUCAUUUAUUUGUAUCUCUGGUGUGCAUCAUUUUCAUUUCCAAUCAUUGUAUUGGCAUGCUUGUAGUUGUAGCUUAGUUGUCUGAUUGGUGACUUGCAUGAGACUUAGCCUGCAUUAGAACUUAUGCAGCAGAAUCCAAACCAAACUUGUGCGAUGUCUUGGUGUUUGGUUGGCACAGGUAAGCCCUGUUUGGUAAUGUUAUGUUGACUGCUUCCAUGUUGUUACAUGUAGUCAUCUCCAUGUUUGGUAUUGUAUAUUUAGCUUAAUCAUGGAGCAAUGGUGGUAUCUAUUCUAUAGUUUAUUUUGGAAUGGAUUUCUAAGUAGUCUACUAAUGAUUUGGGUUUUAAUUUUAUCAGGAGGGAGGCCCUAGAGGUAGUAAGUCAUUUGUUUACUCCAUGAUGACAAUAGCAAGCAGAUCGUGGUGGUGCCUAUGGAUGCUACAACAAGAAAGAUCAAAAGUUCUUUUGGAUGGAUGCAGCUAGAUAUUUUGUUUUGUAUUUUCUCCAAAAGAGAAAUUUGCAAGUGAACUUAAAAAAUUGUGAAACCAACAUGUGGUUGUACUAGCUAGUAUCUCUGAACUUUCACAAGCCAAACUUAGUGUUGUUGCUGCUUAUUUAAGCAAACUUGUGAACUUUAUGUAUGAAUGCAGUACAAUUGUUAUUGUCAUA